CCCCCCCCCCCGCCAGCCCGGGAUGAGGCAAUAACUCUCCGGCCGGGUGUUUAUCGGCCGCGAUCGGGACUCGGAGGGUCCCGCACCAGAGCCAGCAGCCGCCCGCGCCCCUGCGGGACAGGGCCCGUCCAGCCGGGAGCCCCGCUCGCCCCCCCGGGCCGGGAGCCCUGCGGGGGGGAGGAUGUCGCAUAGGGCGGGGCAGGGGGCCCGGGAUUCCGACCCCCAGCGGGCCCCCCCGACCGUCUACGUCCUGCUGGAGGGACCCCGCACGGCCGAGGCCGUCCAGGUGCUGAGCCUCGAGUCUUUGCUCCCCGAGUCGGGCAUCGUCGCGGACAUUGACUUAGAGAACGUCUUCUCCUUGGUCGGGGACAACUUCUACGAGCUCAAAAGCCAGCCCAUCUCCGGGAGUCCCCCGGCCGCCCCCCUGCAGCCGCCGGCCCCCCCAGCACCGGGGGACCCCCCUGGCCCCAGCAUGUCGUCAUCACGGGUGCUGCUGCGGCAGCAGCUGAUGCGGGCGCAGACUCAGGAGCAGGAGCGGCGGGAGCAGCAGCAGGCGGCCCAGUUCCUGCCCCCCAACUCCAUGCCCCCCACCCCGGCCAUCUCCGUCAGCAGCCCCCUGCCCCGCCCCUCCGCCCAGGUCCCGGUCGAGGUGCUCAAGGUCCAGACCCACCUGGAGAACCCGACCCGGUACCACAUCCAGGCGGCCCAGCGGCAGCAGGUCAAGCAGUACCUCUCCACCACCAUGGGCAACAAGCUGGCUGCCCAGGCCGUGGCCGGCUCCAGCCCCGGCGCCCCCGCCCACUCCCCCCAGGCUGGCUCGGCCCCCGAGCCCCACAGCCUGCCCCCCCGGCAGCAGCCCGCCUCGGGCCCCGGCAGCGCGCCCAACAGCCCCAUGGCCAUGCUGCACAUCAGCUCCAACUCGGAGAAGGAGAUCGAUGAUGUCAUCGAUGAGAUCAUCAGCCUGGAGUCCAGCUACAAUGACGAGAUGCUGAACUACAUGUCUGUAGACGGGGGGCUGCAGCUGCCCAGCACGCUGCCGGUGGCCGGGAACCUGCUGGAGAUUUAUAGCAGCCCGGGGCUCACGGACCCAACCGUUCCGGUCAGCAAUUCCUGCCCCGCCGACCUGCCCAACAUCAAGACAGAGUUGUCAGAGAAUGAAGCCAAAGCGCUGAUGAAGGAGAGGCAGAAAAAAGACAAUCACAACCUGAUUGAAAGACGCAGACGUUUCAACAUCAACGACCGAAUCAAGGAGCUGGGAACCCUCAUUCCCAAAUCCAAUGACCCGGAGAUGCGCUGGAACAAAGGAACGAUCCUGAAGGCCUCCGUGGAUUACAUCCGCAAGCUGCAGAAGGAGCAGCAGCGCUCCAAGGAGAUGGAGCUGAGACAACGCAAGCUGGAGCAAGCAAACCGCAGCCUGCAGCUCCGGGUGCAGGAACUGGAGAUGCAAGCCCAGCUGCACGGCUUGCCCCUCACCUCGUCGGCAGGGCUGCUGCCCCUGGGGUGCUCUGGGGAGGGCGCCAAGCCGGAAGGCCCUGGACCCCCUCCGUUCCGGGGGGGCCCCUCCUGCACCCCGGCUCCCACCUCUUCCGCCGCCUGCCUCCUGGACCUGGCCUUCCCCUCGGAGGAGCUGGGGGAGGCCGGGCUGGGCUUCCCCCUGGGGCUGGGGGUUGAUGGGGGCCUGGAGGACAUUCUUAUGGAGGAUGGGGGGCCCCUGUCGCCCCUGGGGGCCUCCGACCCCCUGCUCUCGUCCCUCUCCCCCGGCGCCUCCAAAGGCUCCAGCCGCCGCAGCAGCUUCAGCAUGGAGGAGGAUUCCUGAUCCUGGCCCCGCCCCUCUGGGGUGGGAGGAGCCAGGGGAGCCACACCUCUAAUCCCAUCAGGCUCCACCCCCUGGCUGUCUCCGGGCUCUGCUCCCCUCUUUUAUAGGCUCCGCAAGCUCCUCCCUUUCUCUCCACUUUCGCUCCAUGGGCAGCGCCCCAGGCUCGUAAGCCCCUCCUUCUCAGCUCAAGCUCCACCCCACUGCACAGGCCCCGCCCCAGCUGUCUGUGCACAGCACCAGAGUUCCAAAAGCUCCACCCCUCCUCAAGCCCCUCCCCGUCACAUAGGCUCCACCCCUUUUAGCAGGCGGGACUGGGCCGCAGAGUUUGACUCUGCCCCUUUUACCCUGGCUCGCCGCCCUGUUGUAUAGGCCCCGCUCCUUGUCUGUUCCCAAGCUCCACCCCUUUUCUAGCCCCACACAUGUAGAAGCCCUGCCCUCUCCAGAGCACACCCCUUUUACAUAGGCCCCACCCCUUAUUUGCAGUACCCACCCCUCUAGUCAUCACCCCCCCUUUCCUGCAAGACACACCCCUUUUUGACAGGCUCCGCCCCUUUCAUACAUGCCCCCCGCCCAUUUGUUCUCUUCCUUAAUGGAUAACCCUCCACACACCCCUCUCCCCCACGCACACACCUCCUCUAAACUACCCCUCCCUUCCCCCCCCAACCUUGAUUGUGGAGCAUCAGGGGACUCCCCCUGCAGCCUACUUGAGGGUCAGGGGGCCCCCAUGGCCUCUCCCCAACAGGCUGUGUAUGUAGGGGUGCUUGUGAUUGGGGGAGACCCUAAAAGGAGCUAUUCCCCACAGCUAUGUUAAUAUCGGGGUUCAUUCGAGCCCGCACUGUGAACAGAGCCAUGCACCCUGAAACCUAAGAGGGACAAAAUGGGGGUGUGGGUAUUGGGGGGGGCUGAUUGGCUCCUACAUGGCCCCUCCAAACCGGUGGGUGUCAGCUCAUUCCCGAGGGGGGUGGCCACCCCAAUUUUGGGAUGGGGUGUCCCUAUUUCCAGCUUCUUCCAAUACAUUUCCCCCCUCUUCUGACUGCGUACUCCCAAAAUCUGCUUCAUGGAGGAGGGCUAUGUAUGAGGGGUCCCCUGGAUAAAACAAGUGUACCCCCAAAACUUGUACUCCUAGCUAUGGAGUGUCCUUUCAGAAAAUGGGGCACUGAGGCACUCACCCAAAUGCACCCCAAAAUCUGCUCUACUGGGGGAAUAAAAAGGGGUGCUCUUCAGAAAAUGGGGUACAGGGGGAAUUAAAUGCCUAUAAGCCAAAUGUUGGAAGCCUUGGGGAUCAACUAUUAAUGGGGUCCUCUCUUUUGGAGGGAGGGUGCAUAAAAAUGUCAGAACACCCACAUUUAUCUCCCCCAAAUUGGCUGCUCUUUUAGGGUGACAUUUGGAGGAGUGACUCACAGGCUCUAACCUUCCAUGGCCCCCCCAAAAGUGUGGCACCCCAAAAACACACGAGCAGGGGAGUCACUGUUGAGUCCUGUCCUUUCCAUAGCCCCAUUGUGUAUAUGUCCCCUAAAUAAGGGUGAGAGUGCUUUUUGGGGGUCUAUGUCUUGUGGGGGACUCAGGCAGAUUUUGGGGGGACAAAGUGGGAGGGAAUUUUUUUAAAUGCUUUUAUUUUAUACAAAUCCUAUUUUUUUUAAGAGAAAAUUAUAACCUUUCCUGGCUCAUCCAAAUCUGGGGUUCAGGGGAUUCUCAUUUGCCUUUUCAUACUCCCUGCCCAGCCCACCACCAAUAACCCCCACAGGCAUGAAGGAUCCCCCUUAAUUUCCCCUCUAGGGGGCAUCAGCUCCCCUCCAGCCCCAGUGCAGGGGGCUGGCUGGCUCAGGGGGGCAGGAAAUGGGGCAUGGGGCUUGUCCCCUCUAGGGGGCACCGGCUUUCACCUGGCCCCAGGGUAGGGCACUGGCUGGAUCAGGGGAGUGGGAAUAGGGCAUAGGGCCUAUCCCCUUUAGCGAUGGGAAGGGGGGUAGUUUGUGGGGGGAUAUGGGGGAGGAGAAGGCAUGUCUAAAAAUAGGAUGGGGAGAUUUGGGGAGGUGCUUUGCGUAGCAAAGCUUUGGGGGCUGGGAUGCAUAGAGGGAAUGAAGGGGAGGUUACAGAAAAGGGGGGCUGGAUUGCAUGGAGGGGGGCUGGAGGAGCUAUGGCUAUUGGGGUGCAUGAAAGGUGAUCAGCAGCCUUCUGGUAGGGGGUGACAGCUCUAUUACUUUUGGGGAGGGGGCUGGCUCUACCCCAACUCCACCCGUAUCCCCCUCCCCAGUUUUGUACCGAGACAUGGAAAUAAAUAUUCGCUCUGAGAUGCUUAUAAAUAAACCCAGACCGCUGAUGAUUUUUUAACACGG